UGUGGCUCACACUCGUCAGUUCUCCGUUCCACCUUCAAUAGUGAGCACCUAAAUUUUCGGUGGCUUCAGCUUCCUUUGGGUUCCGGUAGUGAAAGAUCUCUUCAAAAAUUAAAAUCAUGUACAUGUAUGUCAACCCGAAUUACGUUCUGGUAGGGGGUCCUUGCUGUGGUCCCUGCGGCGGAUGCGGUCCUUGUGGUGGCUGCGGCCCCUGCUGUGGUCCUUGCGGAGGAUGUGGACCUUGCUGCGGCGGCACCAGCAGUUUUUGCGGUUGCGGUCCUUGCUGCUAAGCCAACUGAUCCGGAAACCUGUCGGAAUACUUAAGGCUGCUAUGUAAAUCUGAAAAAUAAACUGUGUGGGAGACAACAAGA